CCUGGUACACGACAUCAGCACUAAUAUAAUUCCGUUAUGCAGUCGAGACGUAGCAGUCUUCGUGUGUUUUUCUGGGAGUUUAGUUGUGCUUGUUCACGGUAGUAAAAUGAGUGAUCGCACUGUGGUGAUUGUGUCUGCUGUAAGGACACCCAUAGGAUCAUAUUGUGGAUCCUUAUCUUCAUUGAAAGCAUCAGCAUUGGGGAGUAUCGCUAUCAAGGAAUGCCUGACAAGGGUUGGAUUGAAAGGAUCAGAUGUUUCUGAAGUCAUUAUGGGACAGGCACUUUCUGCAAUCGAAGGCCAAAAUCCUGCAAGACAAGCAGCAAUACAUGCUGGUAUACCUAUCGAUGUACCUGCUUAUCAGAUAAACAUGCUAUGUGGUUCUGGUCUAAAAUCUGUAAUGAAUGGUUACUCUUCUAUUAAAUUAGGGGAAAGCGAUAUAGUUGUGGCUGGUGGUCAAGAAAUUAUGAGUAGAGCACCGCAUGCCACUUAUCUCAGGACUGGUGUAAAAAUUGGAAGUUGCGAUUUAAUUGAUACACUAUUGGAGGAUGGUCUAACAGAUGCUUUCCAUAAUAUUCAUAUGGGAAUCACAGCUGAGAAUCUUGCUGAACAAUAUAAAAUAAGCAGAGAGGAACAAGAUCAUUACGCAUGCAAAUCUCAGCAGAGGGCAGAGAUUGCUAUCAACGCUGGAUAUUUCGAUAAGGAAAUUGUUCCAGUAACCCUUACAACUAAAAAGGAAACUUUUGUUAUAUCUAAAGAUGAAUUCCCGAAAUUUGGAACAACCACAGAGAAACUUGCAAAAUUAAAACCAACAUUUAUACCAAUCAAUGGUACAGUUACUGCCGGUAAUGGAUCUGGUAUAAACGAUGGUGGAGCUGCCGUAGUGCUAAUGUCCGAAGAAACUGCUGCAAAUAGAGGAAUCGCACCAUUAGCCAGUAUCGUUGCAUUCGCACAAGUUGGAGUUGAACCUAGAGUUAUGGGCAUUGGACCUGUUGAAGCCGUUAAAUUAGUAUUAAAAAAAGCGAACUGGACAAAAGAGGAAGUGGAUUUUUAUGAGCUAAAUGAGGCCUUUGCCGCACAAGCAAUCGCAUGUAUUCAAGAACUCGAAGUAGAUACCGAGAAAGUUAACGUAAAUGGCGGUGCUAUUGCCUUAGGUCAUCCUAUUGGUAUGUCAGGCACAAGAAUACUAGUCACUCUGUUACAUACUUUGGAAAGAACAGGAAAGAAAAAAGGAGUCGCAUCUUUAUGCAUAGGAGGAGGAAUGGGUAUUGCUAUUGCUGUUGAAAGAAAAUAACAAAUGUCUUCCUUAUUAAUAUAUAUAUCUUAUAUAAAAUUUCUUAUCUUUUAUUAAAGCGUUUUUCGCUAAAAAUGGCCUUUCGCUUAUGUUAUACAUUGAAUAAAGGGUUUUAUUACAAUA